AUGGCCGAGGACCACCUCUCCAGCGAUGACGAGCUGCCAGACCUGGAUAUCUUGCUGGAGAGACUUCAACAAAGAACACGACAAGCCAAAGAAGGCCUCGCCAAACCUGACGACAACAACUCGGCGGGGUAUACGACUAGCACUAAAGCACCCACCCUCAUCCGACACGGAAGCCUAGGACAAGCACGAGACGCCUUUUAUCACAAAUUUCCUACCCGCAAUGAACAUACUGUUGAGCAACAGACACACGGCAGUCGAAGACACGUCAAUGAGCAUUCAUCAAGAAUACAAAAUGCUGCUGAACGAUACCAACUUCGUAAUCAGCCAUGUUCAGCAGCACUGCCGGUAUCGUCAUCUCAGAGGGGCGAUGAUGGAGACGCCAACAAUGCUUCAAUCAUAUCUUUGGACUCAACAAUUGAUACGGCAGGCGAAGGGGAAGACGACGAGGAUGACGAUACGUUUUAUAGCUGCACCUCCAGCGGCUCAUAUCAACAUCUCAUGCCGGCAGGGUUGCCCCUUCGUGUGUCCAGUACAUCGCGUGAGACCAGGGCUAUCAACAAAAAUCAAGGGAAGAAGGCCAGUACGUGCGAUGCAAAAUCCAGGGAGCUUGUACGAAAGCACAAAGUAGGCUCAUCAGGCAGCAGAAAGAACACACCAGAGUCUCGGCAGAAUUCAGCUGUUCAUGAUGUAGCUGGGUCCCUAGCACACCUGAACCUGGGAAGCUCUCUGACGAACUCGUCCCAAGACUUGGCGUUUUCAAAAGCGACGAUAACGCUACUACCACCGUCAGGGCAGAACAGUCAGACAUUGACAUACCCCAGAAAGCUGACAGCGUUGCCUACAAUACCCCAAAGGCCAAGUCAGGACCUAUUCUGGAAUCAGGACACUGUCGAUGAGUGGAAAGACGAAUGCUUGCCCAUAAAAACAAGCCUACUGCCACCAGCACAAAAGGUCCACGAGAAAUCCAAUAUAGGCAAACUUAAGCCGAAAAGCCAAGCAUUGAAGAAGGGCUUUGAACAAUCAAGACAGCAUCUUGGAGAGGUUUUCCUCGCGGAGCUUGAUGACGCGAUUCUCCAGGGUCAGCUUCGUAAGCUCACCAAAUCGACAGGAGGAAUUAAGAUUGUAUGGUCUAAAAAGCUCAAUACCACGGCCGGGCGCGCGAAUUGGAGGAAAGAGAAGCUUCCUGACAGACAGGCCGGCAUUGAGGGGAGCGUUGAUAUGUCCCGACACUACGCGUCCAUCGAACUUGCUGAAAAGGUCAUUGACAACGAAGAUCGGCUGUUCAAUGUCAUUGCUCAUGAAUUUUGUCACCUCGCAAACUUCAUGAUCAGCGGCAUCACUGGCAAUCCCCACGGCAAAGAGUUCAAGACCUGGGCGGCUCAAGUGUCAAGGACUUUCGCAGACAGGGGCAUAGUGGUAACCACGAAGCACUCCUAUGAUAUUGAUUUCAAGUACGUCUGGACAUGCACAGAAUGCGGGACAGGUUUCAAGCGGCAUUCGCGCAGUAUCAACCCCGAACGGCAUCGUUGCGGCGCCUGCAAGGGCCCGUUGCAACAAACUAAACCAAUCCCGCGGAAACCCGCUGGUAACAAGUCAGGAUAUCAGCGGUUCGUUCAAGAGCAGAUGCCGAUUGUAAAGAAGGAGAACCCGGGGAGUCCGCAGAAGGGAAUGAUGCUACUCAUCGCACAGAAGUGGGCGCGUAGAACCGGAGCUGCAGCGGCCUUGGACUCCUCGGAACAUCAGCUGGAUGAGGCCAAGGGAGACAAGUCUAGUAGGCUAGAUGGUACAGUCCGAUGA